AGGAGGAGGAGGAGCAGGAGGAAGCAUGAGCAAUCUUACUGCCAAGACACCAAGAAAACUUGGGACGACGUCGACUGCCAUGGAUCUUCCAGCCACCCCAAACCCGAACCUACAGGGAGACCAACUCCUCCAUUUUAGCCACCCGCAACACCCAUUACUUCAAAUCAGCUUACCCUACCUCUUCACAUGUAUGGGCUGCAAGGAAUAUGGUGCCGGUAGGAGGUUCAGAUGCCAAACAUGUGGAUUCGAUCUGCAUGACUUCUGUGCACUCGCUCCUCCUGCUCUACACAACCAUCCCUUUCAUCACAAGCAUCAGCUCGUAUUCUUCACCAAACCAGGCGGUUUUCUACGUUGGAAAUGCGACGUCUGUGGCAAAGCAGCCAAAGGAUUUGGUUUUCGUUGCACCACAUGCAGCUUCGGGAUGCACCCAUGCUGCGCGGCGAUGCGUGUGGUGAUGAACUUUCCGACACAUCAACAUCCCUUAGUUCUUUCACCGUCUGCAGCAGUUGCGACCGGAGAUGCCAGCACAGUCUGCAAUGUGUGCCAGAGGAAGAGAUCUGGGCAGGUUUACCGAUGUGCAGCAGCGUGCGGCUACUGUCUCCAUGCGGCCUGUGCAAAAGACAUGGUUAACGGCCUUUAUGUUCAUGGUUUACGGUCGCCGGACAAACCUAACAACAUGCUCGGCACCGCGGCGAAGCUCACGACUCAGGCGUUGGUUGGGAUUAUUGGUGGAUUGAUCGAGGGGAUAGGAGAAGGAAUUGGGGAGUUCCUCAUGGACAACAUUGGACGUGGUAGCUGCAGAAGUAUUAAGCACAACUAG